AUGUCGCUUCAACACAGCGUUGCAUCUUCACAAAGAAGCUUCAACCGAGACCCACAAGAAUCAUGGACCAAAAUCCGACAUAUAAAAGAUCAAGAGUUCGUGGUAACUUCCAAAGCAAAUGAAUCACCUCUAUGCUCUAUCUGCCGGAAUAUGCUACGCUUGUUGGACGGUAACAUACAUGUUACUUGCGACAUUAGAGUUGAAACCCGAGCGCAAGCGGGGUGCUAUCUUUGUGCCCUUUUCGCCUUCCGACUCAAGGAUUCCCGCUACGUGAUAAAGGGAUACAGAAAAGACCAACAAGGCCCGAGGUUUACUCUGCGUUACAUAACAGACUUCUUCCGAUUUCACAAUUUGCCAAUUCACCUUGUGCAGUCAGAAGAGGAACAAGUUGCGUACGGGAAUAACCCCAGUUGCUGGAAUGUUCUUACAACAUCAGUGUUGGGAGUCGAUUACAAAGGUGCAACGUCCCACAAUCUCCUUGACUCUUUUGACUUGCUAACUGUCACAGGUCACAUCUCAGAUAUCAUUGCUCAACCUGAUAUCUUAUCACUCAAAAACAAAAUGGAAAUAGCAAGUGUCUGGAUGCAGCAAUGCAAAGCUCGACAUACCUCCUGCGCAUUAGUAGAUCCUCAUAUUAUUCCAACCCGCGUCGUUGAUGUCAGCCUACAAACCCCGCCAGCACCGCUACUUUGUCUUGGACAGGCAAUUCCUACUGGGGCAAAAUAUGCCACACUGAGUCACUGCUGGGGGGAUCCAAACACUAUGUCCGUCAAACUUCAGCGUAGUACACUCCCAUUGAUGUUGCAGGGAAUUGAUUUUAACUCUCUCCCAAAGACAUUUCAAGAUGCCAUCAACGUUACGCAGAGUCUUGGCAUAAGGUACCUCUGGAUAGACUCUCUCUGCAUCAUCCAAGACUCAAUUGAAGAUUGGCGGCAUGAGUCAGCUUUAAUGUCUCAAGUAUAUUCGAACGGCGUUGUAAACAUAUGCGCAACUGCGGGAUCGGAUAGUACCAAAGGUCUGUUAUUCGGUCGGGUAGCUGAUGUAACUUGGAAUGUUCAUGUUCAGCUACCGAAAAAUCAAUUUCCAGAGACAGCAAUAUUCUGCGAUCCACAGAUUUGGCGUGACGGUGUAGAUAACGCUGUUCUUAAUCGCCGCGCAUGGGUCUUACAAGAACGUCUUCUUUCUAGACGCAAUCUGUGCUUCGGUGAAGAACAACUUUUCUGGGAAUGUUGCGAAAAGUCAGCCUGCGAAAUGUUUCCAGAUGCGAUACAAGAACAACUUCUGGGAGCUAAUGAUAUGCCCAGCCUUAAAAUUUUCUCUUCUGUGAUCAUUCAAGAUGCUCCUAAAUUGCCGGAAUUACGAAGCAUCUGGAACAAAUUAGUCAGGUACUACACAAAUUGCCUGCUAAGUCAUCGCCUGGAUAAGCUUGUGGCUAUUGGAGGUAUUGUAUCACGUCUUCAAAACAUGUAUGGCGGUCAGUAUAUGGCUGGCCUGUGGCGAGACCGUAUGGCAUAUCAGUUAUGCUGGCUGAGAGACAAUCAAGACGAAGACGAAAACAUGAGAUUGCCAGACAACCCGUGCGAGCUUGUAUACGUUGCACCUAGCUGGUCUUGGGCAUCUUGCAACUAUCAGGUUGUCAAUUUCAAGGCAUCUCUUUGGGAAGACUACUACUUCCCAGUAGUUGAGGUUGUAGACGUGCAUGUCGAACUUGUAUCAGAAAACCCCUAUGGUGAGAUCAAAGGCGGAUUCCUUACGUUGAAGGGUCGUCUUGCCAGAGCUGAAUACAAUGAAGAAGGCGUUCGACUAUACCAAACGCCAAAGCUGGCAAGCUUUAAAGGGCCAACGUGGGAUCCCGACAUUGUUUUCACGUGGGAUAGUCCAGGCACCCGUGAAACCCUCGAUGAGAAGGCAACUUUCUACAUGCUGCCAAUUCUUGGACACAGAGUGCCACUUCUUGGACACAAAGUGCCAAUUCUUGAACACAGAGAUGCUUUUAACGACCUCUACGAUAUUCUAGGAAUUGUAAUAAGGCCCAUAUCAGGACACAUGCCAUUGAGAUUCAAGCGACUUGCUGGCUUCCGCGCGUACGGCCUCUCUGCACCAGCAGCGGCCGUAGUUUGGUGUGAUUAUUUUGACAAAACCUACGAAGAUUGUGGUCUUGAUCUAGAACCCUCUACAUCUGCGACGGGGAUCACGCAAUACACAAUUACAAUCAUCUAA